GAUUAAAAUAAAACCAAUGUAUUGAAUUCAACAAAAAGUAUAUGUACGGUUACAACAGUCUGUAUAAAUACUCAGAUAGCCAUCUCCCAAUUUCUCUUAUCUAGGAAAUUUAAUAAAAUCAUUUCUGAUUAAGAAACCUUAUACAAAAAAUGGUAGCCUUUUGCUCUUCUACUAAUUAUCCAAAUAUGAGUACUGGAUGGUCCUUUGAAGAACCACUAAUUAGCUAUGAUCAGAAAACAACGAAGACAAUAACUUCGCCUCAGUUCCAAAUUGAGACUAACAACUUGUUUGAAGGUUUACAUAUUGAUAAUAAUAUGAAUUUUCCUUCAUCUCAUCAAGAACAAUAUCACAAAGAAAGUGAGUUUGAUGUUCAGUUAGGAGAAGAGAGGUCAUUAAUGGCGAAGAAACUAAGCCAUAAUGCAAGUGAGCGUAAUCGGAGAAAGAACAUGAAUUUUCUUUAUUCCACUCUUCGUUCUUUGCUUCCUUCUGCAGCUAAUCAUCAUCGAAAGAAAAAGCUAAGCUUUCCGGCAACAGUAUCUUAUGUGCAAGAAUACAUACCAGAGCUGAAGAAAGAAAUAGAGAGGCUAAGCAAAACAAAGGAUUUGUUAUUAUCAACUAUGUCAAAGAAAGCAGAUUCAUUAGUCCAAAUUGAUAAUCAGAGAAAAUUAAGUAUGAGUGGAACUUCUUGUGAAUCUCCAACAACAUCAAUUUCUGCAAGUCCACUGUGUCAUGGACAGGUUUUAGUACAAAUCUCCACAACUCAAGCAAAUGAUUUUCCAAUUUCAGAAGCAUUCCGAAAUUUAGAGGAAGAUGGAUUAAUUUUGCUAAAUGCCUCAUCCUUUAAAUCUUUUGGAGACAAGAUUUUUCAUAGCUUGCAUUUUCAGAUGCAAGGGCCAAUAGAAAUGGAGAUUCAGAUUCUGAAGACAAAGCUUAUAGUAAUGUAUGAAAAAAAAACAAAAUCAUAUAUAGUUUAGCUUAAAUUAAUUUCCAGUUGUGCUAAACAAUUAUCAACUCUUCGUUGAUGAUAAAUAAAGUUGUGCGUGGUAUCGAAUUCGAUUAUUGCU